AUCAAGGAUUAAUCAAUCAAUCUAGUUUUAAUUUACAAAUCCUUAAUCCAAAAAUAAUCAAUAUUUCCAGUUCAUUUGUCUCUGUUGUUGCCCAACUGGUGUAUGGAGAAAACUUUUUAAUGUCAUUUAUAAUCAUCUAGAAGCUUAUUCAUAAUAUUUCAUAAUUGAAUUUUCUUCUAAUCAUUCUGGAAAAUUGUCAUAACAUCAUUAUUGUCUGAAACAAUGAAAUUCUUCCUUUUUUUCAUGUUUAUUGGAAUGACUUUGGCGAUGCCAAAUCCAAUUGCUAAAGACACUUACAACAAUAAAGUUUCUGAAUUGUUGAUUGAUCGUGCUCGAACAUUGGUUGAAAAAGCUAAACAUGUCAUCGAUGAAAAUAAAGAACAACAUGAAGAUUUACUAUCAUCGAUUAAGAAUCUUGUGGAACAAAUUGAAACAUUGUCGGAUAAAUUUGAAAAAGAAUAUCAUGGAUUAGAUUUGACCAAGAAUGAAAUCCAUACAAUGAGUGAAGAAUUAUUACACUUCGAAAAUCGAUUGACUGAAGAAUUUUUGAUUUUUUACGAACAUAUUAAACAUAAUGAUGACGAUGAUGAAGAUGUUGAUCAUCUAAUCAAACGUGGUGAAGAAUUGAUUAAGAAAGCACAUGAUGUACUACGACAAUAUCAUCCGGAUUACAAGACAACAGCUGUGGUAGAUUUUGAAAUUGCAGCUGUCUUAAAAUUGAUAAAAAUUGUUCGACAUGGUGAUGAAGAGACAAGACGUAAAUAUAUACCAGAAUUAAAACAUCAAUUACGAUCAUUGGAAAUUAUUUUAGAAAGAAUUAGGAAAUGAUAUGGGUUACUUGUUUAAUCGUAAAAAAAUAAAGAAAAACAUUAAAAGAA